UGAAAAGAUUCGAUCCAUGAGACUCAGGUUAAUUUAUUCUUCUCUCGCUAGCAGCGUGUGUUUGUGUGUGUGUAGAUUCUCAAACUGCCGAACAUCUUUUGUCAUUUGUGAGGCGAUAGUGCAGUACAAACCAGCCUUCAUUGUAGCUCUGCUCAACAUGUAAGGAUAAGUAAUUUGGAGUGUACCACUACAAAGAGCUGGAUUCAUGGGAGAACGAUUUUAUUGGAGAGUGCUUGCAUUGAAGCAAGUAGGGGAAAAGCGCAGGAGCUGAUCAUGAAUAUUUUCUCAUCGGUAGAAUAAUUUUAAUCUUGUGAAAGUUUAUACCUUUGAGGUCUCGUAUUGCAGAGUGUGUGCAAGUCACAUGAAGAGAUACAAGUUUUCACAUUACUUGGACUAAAAAAAAUGAUUCCCUUUUUAUGAUGAUUUUAUUUACCGUGAAGGACCGGUCUAGAUAUGACUUUGUUGUGAAAUAAUCUAAUGAUGGGAGGAAGUUCUCAAGGGAAGACGGACAAUUAGCGCUGUUACAUGAUCAUGAAAGAGAUGAAGUCAUCUCAUGUCGCUCUUGGUUGUCUAAGCUUGGAUAACCGUGUGUUGAGUUCUAAUGCUGAAACAGACAGAAACUGCCGAUGUAGCACUGUGAUACUCUUUAAUUGGCAGUACAACUAGAUGUGGUGCACUGGGCUUUAACGCUGCGAUACGCUUUGAUUAGCGAUACCACAGGCUGUAACACUGGGAUAUAACACUAUGUGUAUAGUUUGAUCCUCCGUCAUAGGAAGUGUCACGUUUGGAUGUUACACUGUGUUACAGUUGUCUGUUUCACUAUCUGGAUGUACUGUUACACCUUUAUUUUCUGUGUUACAGAGUGUAAUUGGGAUGUGAAAUUGUUUUACACUUUGACUGUGUCUACUACCAAAGUGCCAUAUUGGGAUGUUACACUGUGUUGCUGUUGAUUUGGCUGCUUCACAGAAGUGUAACAUACAGAUGUAACACUGUUUUACACUUUUAUCAGCUGUAUGCAGACUGUAACAUUACAAUGUAACACUAUGUUACAGUUUAGAAUACUGUUUACAGAAGUGUGACAUGGAAUGUAACAUUGUGUAACAAUUAACAUUGGAUGUAACAAAGGGAUACACUCAAGGUGUUUAGAGAACUACAAUAGUGUAACACAUAAAGUAUCUAUACACAGUGUUACUUUGGAAUGUGAAUUAUACACUUAGAGUGUCUGUAUCUCACAGGUUUAACAUUGAGACGUAGCACCGUGCAGCACAUUAAUUACCUUUCUACCUGGAAUGAAUAUUUUUUGUAAAACGUGUGAAGUGGAUGCCAAAUGUUGAGAUGGAGUGAGUUCACAUGCUGCAGAAGUUGAACUACAAUGAUAGACAGGAAGUAGCAGCGAACGAUGUAUUUAAGCUAAUGAGUUGUACAUGAUUCAUGGGCUGUGUGCACUGGAUAGAUAGAUUCCAUUACGAUGGUUGUGGAUCGAGACACAUGAUAGCCAAACCUGUGGAGUGAUAACGGUUGUAGCCUGGAACCGCACUAAAUGGAACUGUGUUUGUUCACUGGAUAAAAAUAUUGGUUUGCAGCUAAGCACAUGGAUUGAAGGAGGCAAUUUCAAUGUGCAAGUAUUGAUGCUAGUGGAGAGAACAUGUAUAUCGCAAAAACCUUGUUUGGCUAAGAAGACUCUGAGGAGAGGGAGACUACGCACCCAAAAUGUUUGUCAUCGAUAGAUGGAAUAAUUGAGCAGAAAUCGGGGAUAAUCCUUGUUUGAGUUUCAAGAGACUGUGUUUGCAUUGUAGUGAAUAUUGAUAAAAAUGUGCCUGCAAAGCAUUGUGAGGAGGAUGUUGGUGGUGAUGGUGUUGGUGUCGUCUUUGGUCAUGAUACAUGGCCAGGAGUUUAACUUGAUGUAUCAAGUUCUUGAGGAACAACCACAAGGAACGUUUGUUGCAAAUAUUGCCAAUGAUUUGAUUCUUAACUUAUCAUUUACUGCUCAAGAACUUGACAACCAUAAGUAUUCCAUGUUUACAAAGGAUGUUCAGAUUACAAAGAAAUUUAAUAUUGAUGAAACAACAGGAAUUAUUACAACUGGGAUGAGGUUGGAUCGAGAAAUCGAAUGUGAGAUGAAGAAAGAUUGUGAAUUGAGCUUUGAUGUAGGAUUCUACUAUCGGCCACCCAAUAAGGAUACACUGGCAGUGGGAGAAAGAAUCGUCCGGAUUGCCGUCAAACUGGAAGACAUCAAUGACAAUUCCCCUACAUUUCCAGAGCGGUCUAUCACAAGGAACAUAUCUGAAUCUGUCUCUGUUGGUCACAUCAUUCCAAUUUCCCCAGCAAUAGAUAAAGAUAUGACAGGCAAUAAUUCUGUGAAGACAUACAAACUGUUCCCUAGUGAUGGACCAUUUGGACUGAACAUUGAAGAAGAUUUAUCAGGCAACCAGGAGAUUGGAAUAAGAGUGAAAGAAGUCUUGGAUAGAGAGACCAAAUCUUCCUACAGGUUAACCAUCUUUGCCAAAGAUGGAGGAAGCCCUCGAAGGUCUGGAUCUGUUGACAUCAACAUUGUAGUUACGGAUGUCAAUGACAACACUCCCCACUUCGACAUCAGAACCUUCACGGUAUUGGUGAAGGAAGAUCAUCCUGUUGGUUCCACCAUCUUGGCCCUCACAGCCAUGGAUGAGGACAUUGGGAAGAAUGGUGACCUCAUUUACAGUAUCAGUCCAAGAGCAACCAAGAAAGUGACAGAAACGUUUAUGAUUGAUGGUGUAAGUGGAGAGCUUUACCCUAUCAAACAACUGGAUUAUGAGCUGGAGAAGCAAUACCAUUUCCCCGUUGUUGUUCAGGACCAAGGGAACCCUGUUCGUUCAACUGAAGCAUCUGUGAUUGUAAAUGUGACUGAUGUCAAUGAUAAUGCUCCGCAGAUCAACCCCAAACAGUACCUGUUUAAUCUGUCUGAGUCCGCUAAACCAGGAUCCUUCUUUACUGUGUUCUCCGUUGUUGAUUCCGACAAAGGCGACUCUGGACAGGUGAAUUGUUCCAUCACAGAUCCACGAUUUCGAUCGGAAUAUUUCCAGUACAAUUACUGGCGUAUUUACCUUGACCAGCAGUUGGAUUAUGAACAGACAAAGGUGAUUGAGGUGAAUAUCACAUGUAGGGAUUCUGGCACACCUGCUAAGAAAAAUACAACAGCGAUUGUUGUACAGGUCCAGGAUGUUAAUGACAACUCUCCAGUCUUCCCAAAUGCUACAAUAUUUGCACAUAUAUCUGAGAACAACAAUGUUGGGGAUCUUAUUACAACGCUGAAAGCUAUUGAUAUAGACGGUCCCGGCAAUAACAACAUGCGUUAUGACAUCGUGGGAUCCUCGCGUUUUGUAACUUUAGACAGACAUACUGGAGAAAUGAAAGCCAAGAAAGUUUUUGAUAGUGAAAUCCAGUCAUCGUUUGAAGUUCCUGUCAUAGUUAUGGAUGCCAAAUUCCCAGGAAUGAAUUCAACAGCAUCAGUUAUAGUGACAGUCCAGGAUGAGAAUGACAUGCCACCCAGAUUCACCAAGCCUCUUUUUAAGUUCAAUAUCACUGAGAAUCUCCCUGCCUAUUCAGUUUGUGGGACACUAACAGCUGUGGAUCCAGAUGCAACUAAUAGUUUUGUGUUUUCAUUCAGGGACACAGAAUCUGUGAGGAAUUUGUUUAAGUUGGAUUCCAGAACUGGAGAUAUUCGUUCAGCAGUGAAACUUACUCGAGAAGACAAUAUUCAAUACAAUUUCGGUGUGAUUGUCAUGGAUCCUGACAAGGGAUCAUUUCGAGGCACAGCAGACGUCACGGUGUAUGUGAUGGAGGAUUUGGAUAAACCGCCAGUUAUCACAUUCCCAAACAGAUUAAAUAAUUCUGUUAAUGUCCUAUUUAAUAGUAAAAUUGGAACUCUGAUUGCGACAAUACAGGCCAAAGAUGAUGGGCGAGAUGGUCAGAUCAUUCUCACGUUUACUAUCGAACAGGGUAACGAGAAGACAUUAUUUCUGCUAAAUGCUCUGACAGGAAAGUUAACUCUGGCCCGAACCAUUACUUCUAAAGACGAAGGUGAUCAUGAAAUGCUCGUUGCUGUUCACGAUAAUGGCAUCCCCAGACAUACUACUUAUUCAUAUUUCACGGUCACAAUUGAACAUGACACAGCAAAUGCAUCCUUCGAUUACCUGCCCAUUGUGAUUUCUCUUUCCUGUCUGACAGUGAUAAUUGCUCUUGCGAUUUUGCUGGGGAUUCUGUGUAUGAAGAGACGAGACAAGAGAAAGAGAGAGGAGAUGAAGAAACAGGAGCAGGGGGUCAACAUCUAUACCCUACCCCCAGGAAACGACCCUGACACCCCCAGGUACACCUCUCACAGUAGUUUGUCUCGGAAGAAGGUGUUCGAUGAGAUUGAGAGGAACAGUUAUAAGUUCAGGGAUGAUGUCAUGGAGUCAUCAUUCCAGGAAGAAGAAGAUGACAAAAUUUCUGAUUUAUCCCACAUUAAGGACUACAGCUUACACGGAAGUACUUUUGACCCGGGUCGGAAAUAUAUGAAGUACAGGCAAAACUCCUUCUUGGGCAGAGUAGAUGAUGGUGCAAGUGAUGUCUCCAUGGCAACAGACAGUGGGCGUGGCACUAGCGAUGAAGACAUCAACAGCAACCGUGCCCUAAUGCUGAUGCACACCGAUUCAGUAAUCAGCAACUGUAGCAACUGCAGUCUUGUGUAGGUGAAAUCCAGUUACUAGCUGAGCAUUGAUCAAAAUUCUAGUGUUGAGAGAUCUGCCCUUAAGCGUUCUGUGAUAGCUUGUUGAUGGUGUAUGUGUGACAGGAGAAACUGACUUCUUCCAGUGUCAGAACUAGAUAUCUCAGGACUAGAUCUGUUUCAUGUUAUUCUUCUCAUCUCAGGACAUCUGAUUAUAUGGGAGAAACUUGUUCCUCAUGCUACUCCAGUGACCCAGUCCUUGUGCACCUGAGUGAAUGAAUAUUUGAGGACUAAAUGGCAUACAUGUGUCCAGUGGAGAAAUAUCUGUCUGCUUCUGUGACCACACUGUGGCUUAUGGAGAAUGUGGAAUGAAAAUAAUACGACCAACAGUACAAGAACAUGUGAAGCUUGUGCUCAAAUGAUAAAAAAGUGUGACCAAGAAUGUGAGAGGAUGGAACUUUUGUGCCCCUGUAUGUAUAUUUGAUGACCAACAAUAUGAGAAGAUGUAACACUUGUGCUCAAAGGAUGAAAUAAUGUGACCAGCAAAGUGAAAAUGGGACUUUUGUGCCCCAAUAUGGAUAUUUGGUGACCAACAAUAUGAGAAGCUGUGACACUUGUGCCCAAAGGAUGAGAAAAUAUGACCAAGAAUGUUAGAGGAUGUAACUUUUGUGCCCCUGUAUGUAUAUUUGAUGACAAAACAGGAUGAGAAGAUGUGAAACUCUGGGGCCCAACUGAUGAAGUAAUGUGACCAACAAUCAGAGAAGAUCUGACACUUGUGCA